UAAUGGCAAAAGUUGUGGCAUGAUCUUAUUUCUACGUUAGUACUACACGACUGACUUCAAUGGGUGACUCUAUAUGUCUUUACACAUAUAUCAGUUUUGACAGCACCUAUUAGGAACGACAUGGAACAGUGGUCUCUAGCCAGUGUUUGCAGGGAAACCCCCCCAAUGAAAGGAAAGGUGUUUUGGUGGAUGUGAUCCAAGAACCACAAAACAUCCUAAUCAAAUAAUCACCUGCCUGAGAAGACUCCACAAGACAGCUGAAAAAAGUGUCCACAUCAUAAUGCCAUGUGAAGUUCCAUCCCCUCGCCUCCUGAUACUGUACGGCUCACAGAAAGGUCAGGCUCAGUCGAUAGCUGAACAGAUCUGUGAAACGGCGGCUGAACGCGGCUUCAAUCCAGAGAUCAGCUGCCUGAGUAAAGGAGACCAGUACAGUUUAGAGAACGAACGCAGCCCUGUGGUUUUUGUUGUUUCUACAACCGGGGAUGGAGAACCUCCGGACACGGCACUGAAAUUCGUGAAGAGGAUCAAGAACAAGUCUCUGGCCUGUGAUCACUUCUCUCAUCUGCGUUAUGCACUUUUAGCUUUAGGAGACACAAAUUAUGCAGAUUUCUGCAACUGUGGAAAAACAAUCGACCGUCGCCUGCAGGAACUCGGUGCCAAGCAUUUCUACCCAACAGGUCACGCUGAUGAUGGCACGGGGCUAGAGGUUGUGGUGGACCCGUGGAUCGACGGACUUUGGGACGCCCUGAAAAAGAUCAGAACUAAAAUGUCUGUCCCGGAUCAGGGCGGCGACGCCCCUCGGGACAGUUAUGAGCGACCUGCUCCGGUUCAGGACGGGCCGGAGGUGCCCACGCUCAGCCUUCAGCUCCUGAAGAUCAGCAAUGAGGAGAGUCAGGAAUUAAAACCAGAAACACGUGGGUCUGAGAGCGAGGAAACAGGAAGUCCUACAGAGGCGACGCUGAGUCGGUCCUUAGCGCCACUCUCACAGUCGGCGCUCAGCGUUCCUGCUCUUCCUGCACCGUUCCUGGAGGUGUGUCUGGAGGACGCCCCUGCUGAACAGGUUGAAGCUCAUGUUGCUGCAGAAAACUUUCAUGAAGUUCCUGUAACAAGAGCGCUGUGUUUAACUUCAGAGGAUGCAGUGAAACGAGCCGUCCUGCUGGAACUCGACAUCUCAGACGAGAACAUUUCUUAUGAACCUGGAGACGCGUUUGACGUCCUCUGUCCAAACAGGGAGAGUGAAGUGAAAGAUUUACUGGACAGACUGGGACUGCAGGACAGACAGAACCACACUGUUCAUCUCAGGCUGCUCCAGAACACCAAAAAGAAAGGAGCGCGAGUUCCUGCGUACGUCCCUGAGAAGUGUACGCUGAAGGAUCUGCUGACCUGGUGCUUGGAGAUACGGAGCGUACCCAAAAAGGCAUGUCUGCGAGCGCUGGUGGACUGUACUCAGGACCCGAAGCAGAAACGACGGUUGCAGGAGCUGUGCAGCCGCGAGGGAUCGGCCGAUUACGAGAGAUUUGUGCGGAACCCCGGCGUGUGUUUACUGGACCUCCUGAACGCUUUUCCGUCCUGCGUUCCUCCUCUCAGCCUCCUGGUUGAACAUCUACCCAAGCUGCAGCCCAGAGCGUACAGCGCCGCCAGCUCGGCUCUGCGGUGUCCGGGGAGAGUCCGCUUCGUGUUUACCGCGGUGAAGUUUCCGGCGUGCGAGGAGCAUCCAGAAAGGACCGGGCUGUGCACGGGGUGGCUGAUGGGUCGUGUGGCCUCCAUACUUCAACCCUACGGGACGAAACUGGCAUCGGGGCGGAGUGUUGAUUAUUCGGCCACGCCCAAGGUCCACGUGAGUCCUCGUCUGAACAACACCUUCCGCCUGCCGUCGGACCCCACGGUUCCCGUUGUGAUGGUGGGACCGGGGACGGGCGUGGCACCCUUCGUAGGCUUCCUCCAGCAAAGGGAGAAGGAGCGAGACGAAGAUCAGGACGUCGCUUUCGGAGAAACGUGGCUCUUCUUCGGCUGCAGGCACAAAGAUCGAGACUUCAUCUUCAGAGACGAGCUGGAGAGCUUUGUGGAGAACGGAACGCUGAACCAUCUGAAGGUGUGCUUCUCACGAGACGAGACCCGUCCCGCCGGUUCCACUGGUUGUACUGGAUCAGAACCCGAACCCAAGUACGUCCAGCACGAGAUGCGGCGCCACGCAGAGGACGUCCUGCGUGUUCUUCUGAAAGAGAACGGGCGUCUCUACGUCUGCGGCGAUGCUAAGAACAUGGCUAGAGACGUGAACGAUGCCCUGGUGGAGAUGAUCGGGAACGAGCUGCAGCUGGAUAAACUGGACGCGAUGAAGAUUUUAGCCAAACUUCGAGAGGAGAAACGAUACCUGCAGGACGUCUGGAGCUAAAACAAUCACACUGCCUUUAUUCAGGACCCCCGACCCCACCCUAAGCGUACGUCUCUAUUACGUACACGUAUAAUGGAUUACCUGCACACGCCUGAAACUGAUCAAACAAUGAAACCGUGUUUGUGCAUCAUCAGUAUCAGUGCAGCUUUAAAUUCUGAAUGGUUAUUAAAGUUUUAUUCACACUUCA